CCCCCGCCCCGCCCGGACCCCCCCACCCCGCCCGGUCCCGCCCGGUGCCGCCGCUCCCCGCUCCGGUGCCCGCUCUGCUACCGCCGCGCCAUGAGCAGCUCCCAGUUCAACAAGGGCCCGUCCUACGGCCUCUCCGCCGAGGUCAAGAACCGGCUCGCCCAGAAGUACGACCCGCAGAAGGAGGCAGAGCUGCGGACGUGGAUUGAGAGCGUCACCGGGCAGCAGAUCGGGCCCGAUUUCCAGAAGGGGCUGAAGGAUGGAGUCAUCCUCUGCGAGCUGAUGAACAAGCUGCAGCCCAACGCGGUGCGGAAGAUCAACCGCUCGGCUCAGAACUGGCACCAGCUCGAGAACCUCUCCAACUUCAUCAAGGCCAUGGCCAGCUACGGCAUGAACCCCGUGGACCUCUUCGAGGCCAACGACCUCUUUGAGAGCGGGAACCUGACGCAGGUGCAGGUGUCGCUGCUGGCGCUGGCGGGCAUGGUGAGAGCGCGGGGCCGAGGGACGGGACGGGGACACCGCGGGUGCGGCCCCUGGGGGGUGGUCCGGGACCCCCCCGCCCUCCUCGCCACCCUUCCCCGGCAGGCCAAGACGAAGGGGAUGCAGAGCGGCGUGGACAUCGGCGUCAAGUACUCAGAGAAGCAGCAGCGGAACUUCGACGAGGCCAAGAUGAAGGCCGGGCAGUGCGUGAUCGGGCUGCAGAUGGGCACCAACAAGUGCGCCAGCCAGUCCGGCAUGACGGCCUACGGCACCCGGCGGCACCUCUACGACCCCAAGAACCAGAUCCUGCCGCCCAUGGACCACUCCACCAUCAGCCUGCAGAUGGGCACCAACAAGUGUGCCAGCCAGGUGGGCAUGACGGCGCCCGGCACCCGCCGGCACAUCUACGACGCCAAGAUGGGGCUGGAGAAGUGCGACAACUCCUCCAUGUCCCUGCAGAUGGGCUCCAACCAGGGCGCCAACCAGAGCGGGCAGGUCUUCGGGCUGGGCCGCCAGAUCUACGACCCCAAGUACUGCCCGCAGGGCGGCCAGCCCGAGGGGGGCGACGCCGCCUGCGAGCCGGGCGCGGACCCCCCCGGGUACCCCUACUACCGCCCGGAGGAGAGCUGCUGAGCGGGGCCGUCCCGCGCCCUCCCGCCGCCUUCCAGCCUCUCGGCGUCAUUCCCUCUUUUAUUUUUUUAACUUUUUUUUUGUUGUUAAUUUUAAAAAUGAAUCUAUUUCUUCCGAGUGGAGAAGCGACGCCGCCGUCGCUCGAGAAGGGACUGGCGGCGCUGAGCCCCGGGGCUGGGAGCAGCAUCCUGCCCGACACCCAAACUGGAAAUUGAUGGUUUUGGUUGUUUUUUGGAGAACUUUUGGGGACCAAGUGCCCACCAAGCGGCCUCCAGCCCAGCCCAGCUCAGCCCGGGGGGGUCCCGCUGCCAUCGGGUGCCCCCAGCCUGGCUGCGCCCAGCUGCUGGCACAAAGCCACUGGUGGUGCUGGGAGCUGCUGGGAGCUGCUGGGAGCUGCCUGCGGCUGAGCCCCGCGGCCGCAUCCUGCAGCGGGGGGGCUCGGGCUGUGGGCGGGGGGCUUCUUCCAGCCGCGGGGGGCUUACUGCAGAUGCUCUUAUAUUGAAAGGUGUUCUUUUUUUAAAAAAAAAAAAAA